AUGGUAACAUAUUUUGCUCUUUCUCCUCUUGUAAAUCGUCCUAGGGUUUGUAUUUUAGUGGAAUGACCGUCGUUCAAGUGAUGAUCUCGGAAUGCUCUGAAGCUCCUGUUGCAUGUUUUUGGACCGUGAGCUGCCUGAUCGUGGUUAUUUUCUUCCAAUUUGACGACACUUUACUCUAUUUUCUGGUUAUCCUAAAUUUUUUUCUUAGAAAGUGGGUUCUGUCGUUUGAUUUUACCCCCAUUCAGUGCGUAAUUUUUGCCUUCGGUUAUCUGAUCUUAUUUAGGAAUGUGUGGUCUAGGGUUUUUCCUCUUUUUCUUAUGCUUGUUUUGGUUACAUAUGGAGCUCGAGGUCGCUUAAUUUAGCUUUAUUGUGAGCCAUCGAUUUGGUCAUGUCCUGCAUGCCAAGCCGUGGGCUGGGUCACUUCCUCUUAUUGUAAAACAGAUUCUUUAAUGCUGCAGUUUUGAGUUGAUAUGAAUAAUUAAUGCGUGUAACCAUAAUCUUUCAACCAAUAAUGUAUAUAUACAUAUAGAUGCAUAUAUAUUAGUCUCUGGGCAGUAGUCACUAUUCUUAAGUAUCAUGUGAAACGAAAAGCUGCUUUCUUCAUGAUUGCUUCACAUUUGUAGCUUCGUUAGGAAAAAAAAAAAAAAACUGGAUGGACUAAAGUUCUAAUCAUGAUGUAUGUGUUUUCCCAGGACAUGAUCUCCCAAAAUAUAUGAUUUCCCAGAAUUUAUGCCAUGCCCUUUUUAACCUUAUCUUUUUCCCUUGUUAAUUACAUAAAUAAUAUCAAAGGCAUGAUUCUUUGCAUUCUCUUUUUCCCCCAAAAAACUCACAGGCCAAUGCUGCGUCGGGAAUGGCUGUAAAUGACGAUUGCAAGUUGAAAUUUCUGGAACUAAAGGCAAAGAGGACAUAUCGUUUUAUUGUUUUCAAGAUUGAUGAGAAGGUGAAGCAGGUUACUGUGGAGAAGCUUGGGGAGCCCGCUCUUAGCUACGACGAUUUCGCUGGUAGUCUUCCUGCAGAUGAGUGCCGAUAUGCCAUUUAUGACUAUGACUUUGUUACUGAAGAGAACUGCCAGAAGAGCAAGAUCUUUUUCAUUGCAUGGUAAUUGUUUCAUCCUCUGUAUCUCUAGAUCGCAGUUUAUGUUUCCUUCUAACAACCGUCUUGCAUUCUUCUAUUUCGUUCAUAGGUCCCCUGAUACCUCAAGGGUGAGAAGCAAGAUGUUGUAUGCAAGCUCUAAAGACAGAUUCAAGAGGGAACUGGAUGGCAUUCAGGUAGAAUUGCAGGCAACUGACCCAACUGAGAUGGGCCUUGAUGUCUUCAAAAGCAGGGCCAAUUAA